AUGAACAAGCUAUCUAGUAUUACCAGGAGCAGGAAACCUUACGAUAUCUCCAUCUUCCUCGAAGGUACCUCCCGAACCUUCACCAACGGUGAUAUUAUCCGAGGAGAGGUGGUGAUCAAACUGCCGUCUCCCACCAUCGAUGCCUCGAACAUCAUAGUUUGUCUUCGAGGAAUAAGCAAUACCGUGCUAGAAGACAGCUCCCUGACCCCACAAUUCGAAGGGAAUGGUGAAACCCACGAGCUUUUAAGACUUGAAAAAACCCUAGUUCUGGAGAAUCGUGGUAAUACCCGAAGCCCGACCCCCGAAAGCAUCACUAGCUCAUCGUCCACGGGGGGAGCAGAAAUGAUUAUCCAUCAAUACCCUUUUGAAUUCCAAUUCCCCGAAGAUAAUUUCAACUUGCGAUGCCUAUCGGAGGCAGAACUCUUCCAUAAGCGUGGGUACGUCAAGGAUGACCAAGUGCUUUCUCCGGUGACGUUACCCCCAUCGAUCAUUUAUGAAAAGGGGAUCAACAAUUUCGCGAAAAUCGAGUAUGGUAUCGAUGUGAUGGUCCAGCGACAUUCAACUUCUAAACCGGUGGUGGAAAAAAAAGUGAAAGUGACGUUCUUACCAGAAUUCAACUUGGUUACUUUCAACGCCUCCAAAGUGACCAGAGCCAACGUUAGUGGUAAAGGCUUUGAAUUCAAAUAUAAGUGUCAAGAAUCACAAAAUCAUACUACUGACACUAACAAGUUGAAAAAUUUAUUGAAAAAAGCAUUACCUUCUACCAGCAAGAUCACCGCCAGAUUCGAGCUCCAAGCGUCAUUUGUCCGUCAUUUGGAGCCGUAUAAUACCCAAUACGACACCCCGCGAUUCAUCAAAGUGGGCGAUAACUUGAAAGAUAUCGUAAAUUUAUCACUCUUGACCAACGUUUCCUAUGACGAUUUGAUCCGAUUAAUUUAUCCUUCCAAUGCCAAUACCGCCACCAAUGCGUUGUCUGUCGAUCCAGAACGUAUCAUCAUCAAGGGGAUCAAGGCCAAGCUCGUUUCUUAUAUUUCUUUCAAAUCACAGCUUCUUAGCGAUACCCAAUCUUUCCGGUCGGUGAUCAUCAACAAACAAGGCUUGAACUACCCAAUUAACCACGAGGAUUUCCAACCCGUGGAAAGUAUGUUAUCCCCACAAUCUACGUAUCGAUCGACCCAUAAUGGGUUAGAAUAUAUCCGGACUCAAGGCAGUGGUAAUCUAAACCGUUCGUCAUCUGAGUAUUUCAAGUACGAGUUGCCGGAGUACUUGCUCGAUGGGGUGGUUACCUCUAUAUUACCGUCGUUUGCCACUUGUAACAUCAAGGUCGAGCACGAAUUACACGUUUCUAUGAAUUUUGCCUCAAGGAUCAAUCCGAAAAACUCGGUCGUUGUCAAAUUGACUCCUACUGUGAUUGUUUUAAAAGAUUAUUUCCAAUCAUUGCAUAAUAAUAAUACCCAUAGCGAGUACGAAGAAUCGUUGCCUCCAUACUCAACCCACCCAGAUUUCUACAAUUAUGAUUCUUCAGAAGAUGAUUGA